AUGGAGCCAUUACAGCCAGAUGUGUACCAAGGAGGAAGUUGGGCUUCCGCACUCUCAGCCGAGGAGCUGGUGGAGGCCAGGAGGGAGAAGCUGCAGCACCUCGCGCUGUGGCCAAAGCUGAACUCAGCUAAUCUGUAUCAGGUAACGGUUUCAGAUGUGCAGGAGUUGUUCGCCAUCUUUGAUGUCGAAGGUUCAGGCGAGAUCUCCAUGGAAGAGCUCAUGGAAAUCAAGAAGGUUCAGGGUCUGGGACUCACCAAAGACGACAUUGCUGCUUUAGGGCGAGAUGCUGACAAAGAUGGCUCUGGCCUCAUCAGCGUGAAUGAGCUCUACAAAGCCUUCAUUCAGGGGGAGGUAGCAUACAAUCUCAUCAAGAAGUCGAUCAAUGAAGAAAACAAGGUACAACAUCUCGCGGAGGGGGAGUGUCUGAUAGACGACUUGAUCGAUUGGAUGAGGCAAGAAUAUGAAACCAAUGCAGAUUUGUGGUCCUUGCCUCAGACACUGCUGCUUUUCUGCGUCUUUCUCUACACGGCCAGCUCUCACUUGCCCAUGCGAGCUGGCUGGGAGAUUGCUGAGAACUAUCCAGCCGCUUCACUGUUCGGCUAUUACCGCCUUGCGUGGCUUUAUGAUCGACUGUCGCUGAUGGAUUUUUUGGUGACAACCUGGAUUGAUCAACAUCUGAACCAGGAUCAGAAUCUCUACACCCCUGGCCGCUAUUUCGGUCGAAAUCAGGUCAUUGGCGGCUUCCGUUUCAGGCGGUUCUAUACUACACCACAGAAGUGCAGCAUGCCGACAUAUCUGGAGCGGGUCUACUACCCAUUUCCGCGACUGGGCGUGCCCCAGGUGGGUAAUGAGCCUCCUGGUGUGCCCUGCUACAAGUUCGGUGCUGAAGCUUUCGAGGAUAGGUGGAUCCUGUACCAUGAAAGAAAAGAGUCAGUGAGGAGAACAAUUGACGAGUGGACCUACACCAACUGGCUUGAUGACAACACCACAGCUCUGAACAUCGAUUCUGUUUUGCUGAACCCCUACCUGGGCACGUACACGUUUGAAUCAUUGACCUUCAGAUUUGAGAUCAACGGUUUCAUGAAACACGUGCAGUUUGCGGAGACGUUUGUGGCGGAACCUUACAAAGAUUGGACUAAUACGAUCCCAGACGUGCUCUUCAUUCUCAUCUUGUUUCGCAUUCUGUACUCCGAAAUGAGGGAGUUGCUGCCGGCGCUCUCGAUUGGAUUCGACGGCAUUAUGAACUACCUGCAGUUCUGGAAUGUUGUGGACUGGCUGGCGAUCAUCUGGGGAGCUAUCUGUGCUGGACUUUGGGUUGUUUUCUGCAUCUUUCUAUCCAUGGUUGAGCCCAGACUUGAGGCUCUGCCCCUGCGACGCAUGGACUCCUUGGUGUUUGCAAACCAGACCUACAUGGAGGCAUGGGAGGUGAACAUUGUCAUGCCUCGCCAAGAAAUCGAGGGGCGGCUUCAGAGCAUGAUGCAGUCGUUCCAGGACGCUUCGCUUUGGCACGAGGCCACCCGAAUGCUCUGCGUCCUUUACCUCUUCGUCCUAAUGCUCAAGUUCUUCAAGUCUUUCAAGGCCAAUGCUCAGCUGGACGUGGUCAUCACUACUUUGUCGGGUUCUGUCAAGGAUGUGUCCCACUUUGCAAUCGUGUUCUUGACCAUCUUCCUUUGCUACGCUUGGAGCGCUCAUAUCUUCUUCGGGAAGGACAUCGAGGGCUGCAGCACGAUUUUGGGAGCUAUCUUCUGGCGGUGGUCCAGUGGCGUUGGAGUUUUCAACAUGGAAGACCUUGAUCUGCUAGGAAGAAUUCUCGGAUACACCUACACGUUGUCGUAUGAGUUCCUGGUGCAGAAUUUGCUAUUUGGAAUUCUCUUUGGGUUGAUCUUUGAGGCUUAUGGCCGCACUCAAAAAGCAGCCGGGAACCCCAUCACAGUGGUGGAGCAGAUCCGCCUAGCCGUGAAGGAAAUGCGAAAGAAGAAGGACUUCCUUGAUUUUUGGUACACCAUCAACAGGCUCAUCGAUGACGACUUGCCCGCCCAUCCUGCGGAAGUGGUGACUGUCAAGAGCCUCUGCGAGGCGUUCCAGGCGGACAACAUGACCAAGGUGAAUGCGGAAUACAUCAUCAGCCAUGUGCGAGAGUAUCAACUCAGCAAGAAUUCCGAGGUUGAAGUUUCUCUGCUGCACGCGCUGCGGCUUGUGUCACAAACACGAACAUCGAGCCUCCGCUCAAUCCAGGUCACGGAGAGCAUCCUGGGAAUGCUGAAGGCUGAGAGCCAGAAGCCGCAAGAGCUACGGUUCCGCUGCAUCAUGGCCGGCUUUGACCCUGAUGCGCCGGGCGAGAUGCAGGAAUUCAUGCGCAUCACUGCGAUGCAAGCGCUGGAAGACGACAAUCCGCUGCCUGGCCAAGUGCAGCAGCCUGCUCAGAGUGCUGGAGUCGUCCAACACAAUUCGGAGAGCAAGGCGACAGUAAACAGCCACAGCGUGGACGGUACAAAGGAGGAGCCAGUCGAGGUUGUUGAUCGAAGCGAGCAACAGGCGAAGGAGCUACAGCUCAAAGCUGGUCUGGACCGACUCGCAGAAAUUGCCCACGAGUCGCAAGUGGAGGAUGCCCUCACAGUGUCUGAAACACUCAAAGAGAUUGAGGCCCACCAGGAGCAGUCUGCAAGUUUUAAGCAGGAGCAGCAGGCCCGGCGAAAAGACCUUAGCUCUCAGUGCCUGAGGGCGCAGGAAGGUGCCAGUCAGCUGGCGGACCGCUUUCAAUCAACGGACCUCCAUACACUCCAGGACUUGCCUGAACGCAUCGGCAAGCUGGCGCAGCUUGCCAAGGCCUCGCGCAAGGCGGUGGAGAGUGCCAAGCCCGGAUUUGGCUCUGACCCACUGAAACGCUUGGAGAUGAGCAUCACGCUUCUCUCUGUGCCCUGGCUUAGUCCCAGAGGGCUUAAGGCACAGAAUGAUCUGAAAGCCAUGCUGAACAACUUGAUCUCCAUCCUGGCACUUGGGCUCGAAAACUGGCGCUUUCUUCGAUGCUUUUCAUUCUUCAGCUUGUGUUCGUGUAGCUGGGACUUGUGUUGGGGGUUGCAGUGUGCAUUGUCAAAACUCGAGCCGAAACAUCAGUCCCCAGCUUAA